AUGGGCUCCACACAAUCAGUACCUCAGAACCAGGUAGGACUCAACUUUAUCUGUAUGGUUUAUACUUUUAGGCCAAGGAACCUCACGCUGGAUUGGACAAAGAUGGAAUCAAAAGGGCUCUGGCUUCUUCGACGGGUUCAGGAGGUUGUCCCAAGGCUGAAGGGAACUGCCAAGCUUAUGUUAGUGAAUGCCCAUCAUCGGCUGGCGCGGCGAAUCCUCAUCAGAUCGACCCGCUAAAUGCAGUAAGUUGGUUUAUUUGGAAUUGUUGUUGCUUUAGGUCUUAAAGAACGCGUAGGUUUGAUAUGUAACUCUUGAUAUUGUCCUUGUGUUGAGAAGAAGAGCAUAGGAUGUUUUAUGUACCUUCAAUACUUUGUAACCCGAUCUUUCAUUACAGAUGCCUCCACCGAACCAACGUCCUGCUCCUGAUCAGCCAUUCCCUCUUUCCACAAAACGUGAGCGCUCCACAAUCCCGAAGGCAACUGAACCCGGAAAGACGUGGGAAUACCCAUCUCCUCAGAUGUUCUGGAAUGCAAUGUUGAGAAAAGGAUGGAGAUGGCAAGAAGAUCAGCUGUCUGAUUCGGAUAUGGAAAAUAUUAUCAAGAUCCACAAUGCCAAUAACGAACAAGCCUGGAAGGAAGUCCUCAAGUGGGAGAAUCUUCUUCAUCCGUAAGUUGUUUGCGCCUUUUGUUCUUUUAUGAAAGUUUUUUCGUGGGGUUUCUUUAUUUUUGGAUUUUUUAGCGAAUGUGAUUGCCCAAGAUUGAAGAGUUUCAAAGGUGACGCCAAGAAUAUCUCCCCAAGAGCCAGAAUCCGAAGUUGGUUGGGAUAUGAACUGCCUUUUGAUAGACACGACUGGAUUGUUGAUAGGUGCGGACAAAAGGAUGUAAGUGUUUUCACUUUCUUUGUUAAAUUUUAGGUGUAACAAUAAACGGGCGAAAAAGUUACGGUAUUUUCUAGGUUCAAUAUGUGAUUGAUUACUAUGACGGUGGCGCGGUUGAUCCAAACUCGAAGAUCUUCACCGUUCUGGAUGUUCGACCCGCCUUGAAUGACCCGCAGAAUGUGUGGGAUCGAAUGGUGGUCGCUUAUUGGAGAUUCAAAUAUGAGACUCUGGGAUUUGCCCCGAAGCUGCCGAUCCCACCAACAGAAUCGUAG